GAUGGUGGAGGAGCUUCAGUGGCGCUGUGGCAUUGCCGGAGUGCGGUAUCGUUGGUGUGUGCUCCCCGUCUUCGUGUGUCCGUGCCAUGCGCUUGUAUCGCUCAGGAGUUUAAGUGUGUGAUUUUACCAUGGGAUUCCUUCGUCGGACCUAUGUGCUUCUGCUCACCAUCUGCACGCUCGCUAGGAGUGACACUGAAGUUGAAUAUGACGUGACAUGCUCCAGCAAAAUGAUGAGAGUGGACGUGAAGGUGAACAAUUCCAACUCCAUCCUCUACCUCGAGAAACUGAAAGGAUAUCCACAUUGCCAACCAGAUCUCUCCGAAGGAAAGGCGCAUUUCUCACUGGAGCUCGACAACAUCUACAACUGUGGCACUACACGGAUGCACAACAAGCUGACCGGCCAAAGGAUUUAUUACCAUCGCAUCUUCAUCGAGACACCCGGAGAGGAGACACAGGUGAUCCUGGCGAAGUGCGUCCUACCGGGAGGCUUCAACCAGACUCACACGUCAUCCGGACGUUCGCGCAGACAGGCCGAUCUUCCCUUUGAUCUAGUAGAACCUGAGCAUCUAAACAUCACGGAAUAUAUCGAAGCUCGCGCACCCGUUCCGUAUCUGGAUUUGGCCAUCCGACAGAAUGGCCGUAUUUUGGAUACAACGCUCAACGUGCAGCCAGGCACACCGCUUGAGAUGCUCAUCUUCCUUGAUUCCAAGAGCAAAGAUACCUACGGAAUUCUCGCAAGUUACCUCAAGGUCACCGAUAGCACACCCAACCAAGAAGAAAUUAUCGUUAUGAACGGGUGUUCCAUCGACCCGUAUAUUUUUGGAAACUUUGAAACACUGGAUGGUGGCGAUACUCUGUCAGCAAAAUUCAGGGCAUUCAAGUUUCCGGAGUCCAAUUAUGUCCUCUUUGUGGGAACAGUCAACAUCUGUAUCAAGGAAUGCAAAGGGAUACCAUGCGGCAACGGACAGUACGGCUACGGCAGACGGAAGCGUGCCAUCCCUUCGGAGCUACCCAAGGACCCCAAUAAGGUGUUCGAGGUGGAACUGACAACGUUCCUCAAAGUGGAGUAUAAGGACGACCUCUUCACUCUGAGGAAAGGUGCCAUCGCUGGAGAGUUCGAUGGCAGGGACGUUAACCAGCUUCCACUGAAGCAAACCGCUGCAGAAAGCGAGGACGUCAUCGUCAUCUCAGAGUCGAGCAUGGCAUCUUCAUCUACACUGUCGACUGUGCUGUUCGCCAUAACCCUUUUCGCCCUUGCUCUUCGAGCGUAACACAGUCAUUGACCAACACCAGCGUUGAUUCGUUUGGAAACGGCACAAAGAUAACGAAAAACUCGCUUCGCUGAUCAGUUCUAAUUGAUGCCAGCCAUGGAUGGUAAAUACAGAUGAGGCUUGCAAUAACAAUUGUGGUGCCAUUUUGGUGCAAUGUCAAAGGCAAUACAAGCAUCGGCGAAUGAUAGUCCUUGCGGUUGCGACGGUUAUACGUCAGAAAGCGCAUAGCCCACUACGAAACUGAGUCGGGACAGAUGUCCUGCGAUUGAAUGAAAAAUUUUACGCAGAACAAAUAUCUCAGACCGGUACACGGGGUUGUAUCGUGCCCGGAAGCCCACGUGUGUCAAACCGUCGCGGGCCACCGGGACUUUCCCGGUAAGGUCAACGCUCAUUCCGCCGCUCUAUCAGGACAAUAAGUGCUUCGAGGAUAUGUGAGUCAAGCAGUAUAGUAGACGGACGCCACCGAUUCUAUUUCAAGAUUGGAUUGGAUUGGAUAUGAAAGAAAUAUCUGGAGAGGUUAGUCCCGACCCAGUCAGGACUUUCUACUCCAAAACGCGUUUGUGGGUGGAACAAUAGAGCCAGAAAAAAGAAAAAAAAAACAAAUAGCAACAAGGAAGAAUAUGGGAACAAGUACCGACUAUACAUGAAAUCUGGGAAGGAGAGUUUUUGUGGGUCACUGUGUGGAACCACAUUACUAACCUGGCCUUCGAUAUCGUGCGGCAAUUCUGCGAAAACGUUUCCCCGUGUUGUUCGGAGGAGAUCAACCCACCUUUAAAAGUAUUACCCUUCCUAACAAACGGUUACUCUCGAUCAGAAUGUGUAGGAGUACCAAGGAGGUGCUAUAAAGCUUAAAGAGGAUCCUCGAAAAACUUUCCUAGGGCGACCACGUCAAAGCCUACCGAGUGUUGUAUUUCGAACUGGCAUGAGCGAACCGAAAUUGUAGCCUGUUGUCUUUUUGCCUUUCCUACUCGAAGACAUGCAAGGUGUCUGCGUAGUACGAUCCUGGCUGAUACGUCUACCAUCGCACAAUGGGUGGCGCAUAAAUACUUUGGUUUAUGCUUUAACUGUGUUAGUAGAACACAACCUUAGUUGAUAGAUACCUUAACGAAUUGCUUUCAUAGUCAUGUAUUUCCGUUCGUAGAAGAUGUACGCGUUGAAUACACCCAGCUGCUAAUGUUGGCGAUCGAUAGAUAUGCGUGGUGUUCAGUGAAUACAGGAACUCGACUAUCUUCCACUUAAAAUGCUUGCAGGCUGCCAGAAAUGGUAGGCUAGCGCUUAUAAAAUAUCCCUGUGCGAUCGGUACGACCAAGCAGAAUAUUUUCUGAUGUGCACGCCAAAGUGUGACUGUACGUACCAUAGUUCGAAGCAAAACAGCACUUCGUGAUUCUCUCUAUCCAUGUGCGGGUAGUAGUAGCUCGAAAAACGGCCAAACGAAUGAGCGUACACCAUGUCUCUUUUGUGGGUUAUGGUCUGCACGUUGGCUGUCGAAACCGUUAUUUCAGUUGAGGCUGAACACUUGGCCUAGUAUCUAGUCGCAAGCACCGUGUGCUACAAGGGCAAAGUAAUAUCGUGGGAAUUGACUAUUUCCUAUUUGCUUAUACGCAUGUGCAUCUCGCUUGCGACCUCGAAAGUGCGCGGGACAUUCUUCGUGAAUUCAACAGUUAGCGCCUUAAUGCUUGCGGAACAACCCUCUCCGAGUAGACGAGGGACACCACGCCGCUUGUCCGCCGCAGCUCUUAUGAGCGUUGUACACGUGGUUUUCUGCUAUCCGCGCGACAAGAGUAGUUCCUUCAGCAGCUGCCACACUGUCACAAGAUUAGGAAAGAAGCCCCUUAAGUUACUUUGAGAUGUAAGAGACUGCUGUGGUUCGUCGACAUGCCGAUAAAGUCCGCACCAUUUUAUAGUCACAUGGUAACCUCCUUUCCAGAAAUGCAUAUCCUUCCGUUCGCCAGUGUUCGCAGCCUGGAGUUGCGCGUACCAUCGAUGCCUGUUGGCAUUGCCAGUAGGUUAUCAGAGGCAGCUAUUUUUAACAAUGAGUUGUUUUGCGAAAGUUUCAUAUUGCGCUGCUCAGCAUAUUUCUUUGUCAUUUCCUGUGUUUUUGAGAAUAUGCCACAUAUUUUCGGGUCUCGAUGAUGUCUUCUGAGGUGGUUUGCAUCGACGUCAACCAAGGGCAUUCAGUGGAUACGUGAAUGAUUCUAAAGCACUAAAUGCUCACAACGGCGUAAUUGAAGCAUCUGCAAUGUACGUGACAUGAGUUGUACAUGAGCAUGCUUUAACGCCUCGUCUCAGACUGGUGCCACUUUCUGAUUACUUACGUUGUCAGUUGAGCUUUAUUUAUUAUGGAACAUAUGUAAUGACAUCAUCGAGAUUUGAGCUUCUGUUUCCCACCUACAUGAAAGCGCAACCUCUUCGCAAGGAACAUUUACUUUUUUGUAACCUUGUUCCUCCCGUUCUGUACUGUGUGCGUGAGCCCUGCGUGCAAGGUACUCGUGUUCUCGUCUUUGUUUUUAUGGCUCAUCACACAACAUUAGUAGGGUAGUGGAGACUGUACAGUUUUCUAAAGCGCCACUGUGGCUCCUGCGUAAAGUCUCAUUCAGUAAGUCACACAACGUGCUGCGCAUCUGUGCGGUUCUUGCACGCCAGCAUUGUGUCAUGUAGGCUUGAGAUGACAGCUUCAAAGGAAUCAUAACAGAUGGCGCGGAGUAUCACGAGUGUCAAUCGCGCAACUUACAAAGUACUACGGCGGCUUCAGUAAUGUACAUAAUACGGUGUCAGUGAUAUCUGUGAGUACAAUGUGAGCGACUGCGUGAUAUUAAAUAAUCGGAUAACACUGGAUGACAUGCUCUCUGCCACAGAGUUGCUAUUCCACGAACUUCUUUCCUGUUGACAGUCUUCCUGGCGCCAAGACUGCGAAAUGAUUUUGUGCUGACUAUGAAAUAAAUGCACGUACGUUCACAGACCAACCAAAACAAAAAGCAGAGUUGAGUGAUUACGACUGCCUUGUUUUCUUUACUUUUAUGUUCAAAAGAAAUAUCACGCCAUCCCAUAUUAUUAAAAUUUAUGAAAAACAUAAAAGAUAAUACGAUGACUGUGCGUUCUGCAGUACGUAAAACUAACAUUGUUGAACCUAAGCUGCAAUCAUAAAUUUCGAUACUGUGUAUCUUGAGCAGAAUCGCUUAUCGUUAUUGAUGAGCCUUUCACGUAGGGAUAAGGACCAGACGCACCGCGAAACAAACACAGCGAAAUGAUAAUGUUACGUACUCAAUAGGUAAUUCAGGUACAUGGGGCAAAGUACGCACGGUAUACGGUAGGUAUACGGUAAUUUACAUGAAAUUGUUUUCUCUUCUGUUUGCUCCCAAGUCUGUUCACUCCUGCAAAGAAGAUGCAGCAUAGAAAUGAAGAGUUGUUGUUUUUAAGUGAAGAGUUCCGUAAGCGCUGUACGUGCGUAUAUACGUGUACAUAAUUGCUAUUCACUGCAGCUGGUACUGCGAAAUGGAUGCGCUUUUCGUUGCCCACAUUACACGCUAUUGCCUGAAGCGACUCAGGUUAAAUCCGUACAUUCCGCGCAGACUCCUGGCGUUCGUCUAUGCCAAGUAUCUAGGAGAUACGAUCCUGAAAGUGCUGCUCUAAAGAAAAGUACAGUACUCUAGAAAAAAAAAAGGAGCAUAAAGGUAAAUAUAAGAGAUUCAAGUCUACGCGUAAGACAGCUUGAAACAUGGCAAGCCCAUCGGAGCCUACCUACUUAUCCGAGCGCUUUUGCUUAUUAUUAACGUCGUAAUUUCUGAGCGUGCUUUCUGUUUUCCGAGUCUGUGUUUCGUGUUCUAAAAAAUGGCCCCAGGUGGCACUUCAGCGCGAGGAUUUGUGCAGAAAAUGCAAAGGUGACGUAAAUCAAGACACGAACUGGUCCUGGACAAAUGUAAUGCAGUGUAGUGUAGAAAAUAUGCUCUCGAACAAUGAAAAGUAUGGAACGCUUGUGUGACUAAUGUACAUAAUUGUGUUGUUUGAAUGCUUGUAGCUGUAGACAGCAGGUGAUGAGCGACUGUGUCCUUCGUUCAUAAUAAAAUGAACCUUCACUUUUUA